AUGGAAAUAAAGCCUCCAAAUCCUGGCCGAUCGCUUCUGCGCAAAGGAGGGAAAUGGAACGCUGGCGAUCACCAAGGAUUCUUACCAGAAGCUUUUCGCCGUCUCGAAGGUCCAAAGCCAAGUGCCCGUCUGGAUCGGCUUGACGCUCAACCUCCAAUCCCAGACACCGAGACGUUGAUAAGCGGAACCGGCGGAUGCGCGACGAUCCAAAAAACCACCGGCUUCAUGACCGCCUACACACAGCGGGAAUGUGCCGGCACCGCCUACGACUGGUCGUGCCAACACACCCCGUGCUCCACCCUCAACUAUUGUGCC